AUGUUCAGACAAGCUUCGAGAUUCCUCCUGACCCGAUCCUCCGCCGCCACGAUGAGGUGGCGCUGCCCCUUCUCCACCGAUCUGCCGGUGGAGACUGCAGUGGACUCCAAGUUUGUUGAUGCGUGGAAGCAAUCGAUCCCGAACUUGGACCCACCUAAGACCCCCUCGGCAUUCAUGAAACCGAGACCGCCCACACCCUCCACCAUCCCCUCCAAGCUUACUGUCAACCUCGCCCUGCCUUAUGAUUCUCUCGUCUCCGCCAAAGAGGUUGACAUGAUUAUAAUCCCUGCAACUACUGGACAAAUGGGUGUUUUGCCUGGUCAUGUUGCCACAAUUGCAGAGCUGAAGCCCGGUGUUCUAUCAGUUCAUGACGAAGGGACUUGCAGAAUUCACCCAAAAGCUAAACUCAGCAUCAAGCGAUGA